GCUAAGGAGAUUCAUUCAAUCAACAUCAGUCUGUGAAUCAACAGAGGCCAAUAUUCGUGAGAAAACUUAAUAUCGAUUUGUGCACAUCAAAAGUCAUUUCUGAUCAGAACCAUGUCCACGGAUGUGAGAGGAGUUGUAUUGUCCGGAACUGAAUUAGCAAGCGAAAUCCGUAAGGAGUUAACCAAUGAUGUGAGGGCCUUAAAAGAAAAAUUGCGUGAUUUUGCACCUGGCCUGGCUAUCGUUCAGGUAGGCGCAAGAGAAGAUUCGAAUGUUUACAUAAAGAUGAAAACUAACGCGGCUCGCGAAAUAGGAAUCGAUGUCAAACAUUGUCAGCUUCCUAAUACCACCACUGAAAUAGAACUCAUCAACAAAAUUAACAAGCUGAAUGACGAUCCGAAUAUUCACGGAAUUAUUGUACAAAUGCCGCUCGACAGUGUCAAUAAAAUCAACUCUCAUCUGAUCACCGACCUUGUAUCACCGGCGAAAGAUGUUGAUGGAUUAAACACCAUUAAUGAAGGUCGAGUUGCAAUCGGUGACCUAUCUGGAUUUUUGCCAUGCACUCCUAAUGGAUGUAUUGAAUUAAUAAAAAGGAGCGGUGUGCCUAUUGCCGGUGCUCAAGCUGUUGUUUUAGGAAGGAGCAAAAUUGUUGGCACUCCCGUUGCUGAAUUAUUAAAAUGGCAUCAUGCCACUGUCACAGUUUGCCACUCAAAGACAAAGAAUCUUCCUGAUGUCGUACGUCAAGCUGAUAUUUUAGUGGUAGGUAUAGGGCAGCCUGAAUUAGUCAAAGGUAAUUGGAUUAAACCGGGCGCUGUUGUUAUCGAUUGUGGCAUCAAUCCCAUAUCAGAUCCUACAAAGAAAAACGGACAACGUUUGUUGGGCGACGUAGCGUACGAGGAAGCUGUCAAGGUAGCUUCAUACAUUACACCGGUACCAGGCGGCGUUGGACCUAUGACAGUAGCAAUGUUGAUGAAGAACACCGUGAUAUCCGCGCAAAGAUCAGCGCAAAAACUGCUCAAUGUUCAAUGGAAACUACGAACUCUUAAACUGAAUCCUGUGAGGCCUGUACCGAGCGAUAUUACCAUCUCUAGAAGUCAAACGCCAAAACCGAUCUCUAUACUAGCUGAGGAAAUCGGACUAUUGCCGAACGAAUGUAGCCCUUAUGGUAGUAAAAAGGCCAAAAUUGGUCUCAGCGUGCUACAACGUUUAAAAGAUCAACAAAAUGGUAAGUUCGUCGUGGUGGCGGGCAUCACGCCGACACCGUUCGGCGAAGGAAAGAGUACGACUUCCCUUGGAUUGGUACAGGCACUGACAGCGCAUAGAGACAAAAAUUCUUUCGUUACCCUUAGACAACCUAGUCAGGGACCCACAUUUGGUGUUAAAGGCGGAGCUGCUGGAGGAGGAUAUUCACAGGUAAUUCCUAUGGAGGAGUUCAAUCUACACUUGACCGGGGAUAUUCAUGCCGUCACUGCUGCGAAUAAUCUUCUCGCGGCGCAAAUCGAUGCGCGAUAUUUCCAUGAGUCAACUCAGAGCGAUAAAGCUUUAUACGAUCGAUUGGUACCGAGUAUUAAGGGUGUCAGACAGUUUUCAAAAAUCCAGUUAAGACGAUUGCAAAAACUUGGUAUUACGAAAACUGACCCGAAUGCAUUAACAGAAGAGGAGCAAAGUCGAUUUGCAAAACUAGACAUCGAUCCGACCAAUGUUUCAUGGACGCGAGCGGUGGAUAUCAACGAUCGUUUCUUGCGAAAGAUCACUAUUGGUCAGAGUCCAACCGAGAAAGGCAAGACACGAGAAACCUCGUUCUGUAUUUCCGUUGGAUCUGAAAUAAUGGCCAUCCUAGCAUUAUCGACCAACGUCGAAGAUAUGAAAAGACGACUUGGUAACAUUGUCAUCGGAUUUAGCAAAAGCGGCGAACCUUUAACUGCUGAAGAUGUUGGUAUGACGGGAGCAAUGGCAAUUCUGCUAAAAGAUGCUAUAGAACCAACACUUAUGCAAUCAUUGGAAGGUACACCAGUAAUGGUACAUGCUGGACCAUUCGCUAACAUAGCCCACGGUUGUUCAUCUAUUAUCGCGGAUGCUAUUGCUCUAAAAUUGGUCGGACCACAAGGCAUUGUAGUAACAGAAGCCGGAUUCGGAUCGGAUAUCGGUCUAGAAAAAUUCUUUAACAUCAAGUGUCGUGCCUCAGGACACGUACCGAAUGCCGUUGUACUCGUAGCAACUAUCAGAGCAUUAAAAAUGCACGGUGGUGGACCGCCAGUAACAACUGGGGCACCCCUGAAGAAAGAAUAUCUCGAAGAGAAUAUCGAACUUGUUAGAAAAGGCCUACCAAAUCUACAAAAACAUAUUAGCAAUGGUCUGAAAUAUGGUGUGCCUGUAGUUGUCGCCAUCAAUUCUCAUACCACCGAUACUCCAGCGGAGCUAGAAGUCGUUAAGCAAGGAGCGCUGGAGAGCGGUGCAUCUGAUGCAGUAGUAUGCACUCAUUGGGCUGACGGUGGACCAGGUGCCGUAGCUCUUGCAGAUGCAGUUAUAGCAGCUACUGAUAAACCUAACAAUUUCAAGCUGUUGUACAAUAUCGAGGACAGUAUCGAGGACAAAAUUAAUAAAAUCGCUAAAGAAAUGUAUGGCGCGGGCAAAGUUGUUUUUGCGGACACGGUUCAAAAAAAAAUUGAAAAUUAUACCAAGUUAGGAUACAACAAAUUCCCGAUAUGUAUGGCAAAAACAGCAAAUUCUUUAACUGGAGAUCCAUCUAUCAAAGGUGCACCAACUGAUUUCACUCUCAAUAUUACAAAUAUAUUCGUUUCGGUUGGCGCCGGAUUUAUUGUUCCUAUGGUGGGUGAGAUUAUGAUGAUGCCUGGACUUUCAACUAGACCAAGUAUCUAUGAUAUGGAUUGGAAUAGCGAAACAGAUGAAAUAGAAGGCCUAUUUUGAAAGAAUUAUUUUUCAAUAGAAAAAACAUUUCCAACAAUGUGAUGUAUAUUAAUAAAUUCUCAAAAAUUCUA